CGCGGAACGCGGCCGUCGCUGCCGCGUGCGAACGUGCGGAGGACGUCGCUUGUCGCCCAUCGACCAGGGGUCCGUCACGAUGGAAGACGAGAAUAAAUUACUUCUGGGUCUUGAGGAGAAGGUCGCCAGCGGCCGCGGCAUGGUCGAACGGUUGAAACUCAUGGAGAAGAUUGACGGGGUGGACAAACUGAUACGGAAGAUUCAGCAAGAGAUAAAGUUUCUGGAAAAGGUGCAAUGUAUGGGAAAUUUGAAGAAGAAACAUCUAGAGAGUUCGAAUUUGACUCAUCUUGAUGCAGUGGUAACUCGACUGUCCUGUGCAAAGAAUCCUGUCAAUGUGAUGAGACCCUUCAAGUAUCAAAAAUCACGUUUAGAGGUUGAUAUAGUAUGUAACAAUGGUGCUUCAUGGGUGAAGGUUAUAGCGAGAAACGCCAGAGCACUGACUCUGAUAUCUCUUGGCAAUGGAGAAUAUGGACAGAAAUCUAUUUUAGACCAAGCCAAUUCGUACCUUAUGUGCAGUAAGUGUCAUCUAUACCACUAUAGGCCGCCAGAUGUGAUUUUUCAUUUUGCUUGCGGCGUGGAAGUUCCACUUGCCUUGCAAUUGGAGCAAAUGGGUAUAAUAGUGGAAGGAGAUCGGAUAGAUACAGAUGACGAGAACUUGAACAAACAAGGUGAACUGGAUUUCUUCACAGAUUCUGCAAAUGAUUCCGAAGAGGAUUUGGAUAUGGACCUGCAAUCGAUAAAUACGUCUGCAUUAUCAACGGAAAUCAAACUUCUGAAUCUAGACGUAUCGACACUAUUGGCUUAUGUUACAAAUAUGUCUAAUGGCUAUAACAAUUUUGUCUAUCGGGAGCCAUUACUUACGAAACAAGCAGAGAUGGAAAGAAUACGGCCUAUAAAACCAAUUCUAGAAAAUUUAUUUCGAGACAAGGAUCUUAUGAUUUGUCAGACGGCGUAUAACAAUUUUACGAAUAUCAUUGAUACUAUCGGUGGUCCGAAAGAGACGCAGCGUGCUCAAGAAUUGUUGAAGAAAGUCCAUAUUGUCGACGAUGUGACCACUGGACGAAUCAUGGAACUGCGCUUAGGCGGUAAAAUUAAAGAUCGAUCGCGAUUGAUUUUCUCAACGGGCGAAAAUAUGAAAAGCAUCACUGUUUCCGCUAAUGAAGGAUUCGUAAGAGCGGCGCGUAUGCAGGGUAUCGAAUGUACAGUUUUCCUACACGAACCAAGGUCUCUGUCGGAAAGCAAAGAAGGUAAUGCAACCACUAUACAUUAUACCAUACAAUCACACACACCACAUACUACCACAAGUAUAGAGCAAUCUUGAUAUUGUUUAGAACAUUUAGGCAAUUGCAAAGAAAAUAUAUUCUGGUAUUAGGCA